CCAGAGGGUUACAUUGAAAACAGUUGAGGAGAUGACAGUAGUAACGUGAGGACGAAACCUCUUAUCUUUGCAACUACAGACAUGGCUGGUUCUUCUCUACCUUCAUCUCUCCUCACUCAAGGAGGACCUGCUUUACUAUUCUCUUCUUCGAAUCAAGUCUCAGAAGCUAAGUGUCAACUUGUGGUUACAUCUGGAAAACGCUCUCUUGUUCGUUGCUUGGCUAAGAAGAAAAUCAGUUUUGUGGAUCAAAUCCUCGAUUACAUCGAAGGCGGUCCUAAGCUUAGGAAAUGGUAUGGAGCGCCUGAGCUUUUGCCAAAGGACGGAUCAUCAAGUGAAGAAGACGAUGAAGCAGAGGAACAAGAAGAAGACGCUCUUGAUGGAGUCAAAGACACUGUUUUUGUAACGGACGGAGACAGUGACGUUGGUCAGAUGAUUAUACUGCAACUGAUUGUGAAAGGCACUCGUGUUAAAGCACUUGUCAAGGACAAGAGAAAGGCUAUGGAAGCUUUUGGAGCUUAUGUUGAGUUAACGUCUGGAGAUGCAAGUGACGAGCGUUUCUUAAGGAAGGUUUUUAGAGGCGUUGGUGCAAUCAUAUCCCCAACUGAGGGUUUCUUAUCAAAUGUCAAGAGCUUAAAAAGUGUGAAACAUGUAGUUCUCUUGUCUCAGUUGUCUGUUUAUGAAAGCAGCGGUGGAAUUGAAGCUAUGAUGAAUAGCAAAGCUAAAAAAUUAGCUGAGGGAGAUGAAAAAGCAGUUAUAUCUUCUAAUGUACCUUAUACAAUCAUAAGAACAGGCAAGCUGGAGAACAGUCCUGGUGGGAACCAAGGGUUCAACUUCAGCUCGGAUGCUGCAACCAAAGGAAGCUUAAGCAAGGAAGACGCUGCUCGUAUAUGUAUUGAAGCUCUAAGUGUGAUCCCACCAACAGGAUUGAUAUUUGAGGUUUCUAAUGGAGAAGAGGUUGUUUCUGACUGGGAAGGACAGUUGAUGAAACUGAUGCAGAGACAAAAGAAGUAAAAACUUUGAAGUUGAGAUGAACAGAACAGAGCAGAACACUAGAGAUCAUCAUUGUCUAUAUCUAAAAAACAUCAUUCUUCCUACAUAUUUGAUGUGUCUCAAUACACUUUUUUCUUCUUACCAGAGUAUGAGGACCCUACAGUUUACA